CUGUUUUUUUUUCCAGCUGUUUGCGAAAAUAAAGCCACUGGGUUUCUGGUUCUCGAUAACACAAUCCUCAGCACCGCUGACUCCAUAGUCUACAAGGAUACACCUGAGCAAGACUGCUUUACUACUUGUUCAACAAACAGAGACCAGUUUGGACGCUCCAUUCUUUGUGCGUCGUUCGUUUAUGACCAUUCUUCAUUCACUUGCACAAUAUUUAAAGAGAAAGCGAAACCAGAGGGAAAAGCAGACGUUGUACAAGUAGUAGGCAAACGUUACUUUGAGAAAGUAUGUCUAGGAGAAGAAGCUCCGAAGGAAUGUGCAGACUCUCAAUUUAUUCGUGCUGAUGAUUCCGUGUUGAUUGGAUUUGCUCGAAACGUUACAUUAGUCGAAACCAUGGAACAAUGUGUGGGACAAUGUGUACAGGAAAAGGAUUGCAAGUCCGCCAUGUAUUUCUACGAAGAAGGAGAGUGUAUCACGAAUUCCGAGUCUGCCCUAUCAAAACCGAGCUCGUUUGCGAAGGAGGAAAAUGAAAAAGUUGUUUAUUUUCAGAAUGGAUGUCUGACAAAGACUAAGGCACAAGAUUAUGUUCUAUUUAGGUACAAGAAACAUCCUAAAAGCUACUCAUUGAAGGCGUCAAAGUUAAGCCGCGAGAAGCAGUCAAAGGAAUUCCCCACUUACUUUUCUGAGUGGUCCGACUGGACAGCGUGUACAAAGGCCGGCGAACGCCAGAUCCGUCGACGUAAGUGUCUGAAUUUGCGUCGUUGUCUCGGCGCCCUUAUGCAACUCCGUAACUGUCCAGCAGUCCUACCGGAUCCAGUUCGUGAGUUUAUACGUUUGGUGAAAAGACAAAAAGAUACGACAUUACUUGACAUUAAACCCUCUACGUCAUCCGUUCAACCAGAAGCAGUAUGGAGCUCUUGGCAAGGAGUGUGCCAGCAUUUCGUUUCCGCUCAGCCAUGUAACAACGGUGAAAUGAUCGGGUUCGAGUCUCGUGAAUGUAUUGCCAAAGAUCCAAGCCUUUGCGAAGGUCCAUUCUUCAGAUACUGCACUUUACCUUGUUAG